GUAAAAAGCUGAUUGGGUGGUGGUUUGCGUCGACCUACGUGUGGCGUUGGUGAGUCGCCUGUGGCUUUCACACAUCUCGAACAUGUCACGCCCCAUGUAUCUUAUCAAGAAGCUGUGGAUCUGUACGAUCUGUACGCAGAGAUGUUUAGUCACACGAAGAGUUGGCUUGACUUUCGGAGUGAUCUGAUGGAUAUCAGCUGGUUAGCCAAGGCGAAAGCGGACCUGGAUGGCGAUUCUGCCAUGGCGGAUGCGGGUGCGGUUGACGAGAGCGACGAAUUCCACGUUGGCAUUAUCAUGGGUGCCUUUUGGUUCUUGGUGGCUAGAUGCCAUAGAUCGAACUACUCCGAAGACUUCGUGCGAUCUGAUUUACGGUCAACAUUGUUUUUCGAUCAACUUGCUCGCUGCUACCUGGAGACGACAAUGUUGCCGGGGGACGAUGGCAGAGAAAUCAUUCUUCAGAAGUUGCUCGUGGCCGACAGCGAGAAUCCCGAGCAAGUGCCUCCCGCACAUCCGGCGUUCCCAUUCGUUCGGAGAGGCAUCUUUAAUUUAUACGGGGGCUUUGCCUGUCUCGCGGCGCACUGGUACUACAACAGUUUCAACUUUCCUAAUCGACCACUGACACAUCCAGAUUCACUGGACGAGCUGGUGAUGUCUGCAGUCAGGACAUUCUCGACGCAAAGGCUUUUGGCUUCCAGAAACAAGGACGAUUUUCCAAAAGAGGCGGCAUUCCAGCAACUAUUCAACGAAGCUGCCAACAGAUUCCUCCCUGCUUUUAACAGCCUGACCCCGGAGCUUAGCACGACGGCUACAAGGAAUGGCAAGGUGGUGACUGGGGAGUUGGAUUUCUACGUGAACUCCUCCCUUCAGUGGGCGGUUGAGCUGCUCAGAAAAGGGGAUGGUAUUGGAGAGCAUCUAGCACGUUCUGACAGAAACACUGGAAAGUACAGAGAUGUAGAGAUGAAACAGCAUCUUGUUGUAGACUUUCGUGGCCCUCUAACCGGCUCGGUACGAUAUGAGCCCAACCGCUGCACUUUUUAUUUUUCAGCCGACUUCCGCUCCUUCCAAUGCAAGAUGCGACACAACCCGUUAACUCCUUCCUUUGACUUGCCACCAUAAAGUGCAUUUGGUUGGUAACUGUUGAUUAUUUGACCAUGUUGACCCAAAUCUUUCACAAGAUGGUUGCUGACACCAUGGGGUGCUUCCAUGGUUGCUUGAUUGUUGAUGUUUGUUCUGCUUCUGUUUGAUUUUCUGUUCAUGUUUGUCCGCAGAAGAAGCCAUCAAAUCAUCACGGGCAUCCACACAGUGGGAUGUCGUCCCAAGAGAUGCCAUCCUUUUCGAGUUGUUCAAUGUGCUUUCUAGCUAGAGUUGGCUCGAGUUGUUGCCUUUGGCCGCCUGGGUGCCACUCGUUGCGUUGGCGUUGCACCGCAGACCAGACGAAGGGUUAGAGUCACCUUUUGCUUUUCAGGAAACAUCUCGAUUGGAGUA